UGAUCCAAACAUAAAUAAAAAUACCACCGGAACCAGGCAGAAUCCACUCCUCUCUUCAUUCAGUUUCUUGUUUUUCCUACCAGAAUUCCCAACUCCCUCUCCUCCUCUUCUUCACCAACUUCUCUAUAUUCUUCUACAAAACUCAUUCGCCUUCUCUCUUCUUCUUCGAAUAGGAGAACCCAAUAGGGAAAACAAGUUGCAGAAUAGUUACAGGAGUGCAAGAAUCACCGACUCCUCACGUCUAUUUGGGUCAGAGCACAAGUUUUCGUGUCUGUUGGAGCAGUUGAAGAACAGGUGUCGUGGGUGUUUUUCUCUUCCCAUCAUGUGGUGAAUAGCGUUUGACCCUUUUUGUUCGCUAUUUGUGACUCGUCUCCGCUUCAAUUUUUCCUCUGUUUUCUCUACCUCGGAACGGACUGGAAAUGGCGGAUAAUCCAAAGCUGGAGAUGAGUGAUUCCUAUGAUUCUUGUGGAUCAGAGAACAAAAUUGGUGCCCAGAAAAUCUCUGUUUUGGAUCAUGUGAAUGGAUUUCAAUACGCAUCGGCCGAUAAAUCUGAUAGCUUUGUGAUCGACAUGGAAAGCUUUUGCCAUGGAACCAACAAAGAUUCCGCCCCAAAUUCCAGAAUCACAUUGCAGAGGAACCUGUCCAGGAAAGGAUCAAUGCGGAGCAGCGACAAGAAGAUCAACGCCAAUUUCAAUACAAACAAAUGUUCAAACGAUAGAGACACCGCCAUUGCUGCUCUCUCACCCAAAGGGUCUUGCAUGACUGAAAGACCCCCAACGGUGGUGGCGGUAGGGACCACUGAUCAUUCCAACAACCCACAAAUUCAUCAUCAGAUAACCAUCACCACCCCCACCACCGAAAGCAGAUUUCCCCUCGGGAGAAACAGUUUCAAGCGUUCGACGCCUUCGCGGAUCCUCGAUCCCAAAAGGGUUCUCCUAAUAUUUGCAACCUUGUCAAGCAUGGGAACAAUUUUGCUGAUAUACUUCACCCUUUCGAUAAGCAAGAUCGGCGCAGACGACAAUGUUGACUUGCUGCAGUGAUUGUUUACCACCACCCUUACCAUUGGAGUUGCCCGUGACAUGGCGAUAAACAUUAACUACUAGGCUAUGAGAGUUUUGCAGCCGUAUAUGAGUUAAAAGAAUGAUAAGAAAAAAAGGUAAUACGGGGCGGCAAAGGCUAACUAAACUUCCAUGCUUGAUGGUUCUUGAUCUGAUUUUUAUGGGACCUUUUAGAAAGAGGAAAAGACAAGGACCAACUGUAGUGUGAGGAAGGAAUCUGCUUUUCUCUCCCGUUGAAAACUAUAUGUUUAAUGUAUGGAAGAGAAAACAUGGCUUGUCCAUCUCUAUGCAUGUUAAUGGAGGAUGUGAUGGCCGGUUACUUUUGGUGUUGUAUUUUCAUACUUCUAUUCCCAUACCUUCUCUGCUA